AUGGGCAAGUGUGUUUUCAGCAACUUGUGGCUUCAGAAAUCACUGUAUAAAGAUUGGCUACGAGAAGUCAAGGGUGACAAGCACAAGGCACGAUGCAUCGUGUUUAUGAAGGAUGUUGACAUUUCGAGCAUGGGAGAGUCAGCGUUCACAAGUCACUUGAAAGGAAAAAAACAUCAAACACUGACAUCUCAGAAAAGGUCAUUAGCAAGCGUUCCAGAUUUUUUGGGGGUUUCUUCUCAACAACCAGCAACUACAAGUGACGAUGCCAAAGAAGUUUCAAAAUCCGCUUCGUCUGAAAGUGGCGAACACAACACGCUCAACCCCACAAAGUCUAGUACUGCGAGUUCAUCUGGUUCAUCGGUGAUGGAAAGAAUUGUCACUCGUGAUGAGACGUUGAAAGCAGAAACUUUGUGGGCAUUGAAGGUGAUAAUGUCUCAUUACUCCUAUAAAUCAUGCGAAGGUACGAGCAAAUUGUUUCAAGCGAUGUUUCCUGACAGUCGGAUCGCGAGUCAGUUUACAUGCGGAGAAAAGAAAUGUGCAUAUUUGAUCUGUUUUGGGCUCGCUCCACACUUCAAACAACUUUUGAAGGACGUUGUGAAAAAAGAAGAAGCUUAUGUACUUAUGUUUGACGAGAGCCUGAAUAGCGUGUGCCAGUCAAAGCAAAUGGAUAUUCACAUUCGUUCAUGGAAUCAUGACAAACACGAAGUUGAAAGUCGCUAUGAUACCUCAGUGUUUAUGGGGCAUGGAACAGCAGAGGACAUGCUUUCUCAUUUUCGUUCAGGCAUAGCAGAAAUUCCUCUCAAAAAAGUUUAUCAGGUGGGAUGCAACUCUCGUUAUGUUUGGGUAAUUUAUAUAAACAUAACAAACAAAAGAUAAACAUGGUCAUCUCUUCGCUGAUGACAUUACCUCCUAGGUUUCCUAAUUAUAAAUACAUGUACUGUUACUAGUGUGGUGCAAAUCGCCGUUACGUCCUGAAAACAAAUGUUUUGUGUAAUGCCAAAAAGCGAUAAAAUUGUAUUAAAUAGAAAUGAAACACCUUACUUAGUUUUCUGCCCUUUAAGGUCUAAAUAAUGAACACUCUUACAUUGCAAAUCUUCACAAUUCCAAUGCAUCCAUGAGUAGUUCACUUCGUGUCUAGGUGGACAAUGACACGAACUCUGGGACGUAAUGCAAGUACUAAAUUAAAUAAUCUGUUUCCCUUUCAAUAUUACAAGGAAUGUUUUCUCUCAUACUAGUUGUCAAUGGAUGGACCCAACGUUAAUUGGAAAUUUUACAGUAUGCUGACUGAUGAGGCAAAAAGGGAGCAUAAUAGUCACAUGCUGAACAUUGGCAGCUGUGGUUUACACAUUCUUCAUGGAGCAUUCAAGGAUGGUGCUGUGGCAUCAGGAUGGCAGUUAGACAGGUUGUUCUCUAGCCUUCACUGGCUUUUUCAGGACAGUCCGGCAAGGAGAGAGGACUACACCAAAGUAACAGGAAGCUCACUGUUUGCUUUGAAGUUCUGCAAACAUAGGUGGUUGGAGAAUGUCUUGGCUGCAGAACGUACACAGAGUAUGUGGGACAGUGUUGUCAAGUAUGUUCAGAGUGCAAGGGCAGGAAAAGUUCCACAGCCACAGAAUAAAUCCUUUGACACUGUACAAGAGUUUGUUGCAGAUCCCUUUACGACUGCAAAAGUCGCCUUCUACCUAUCAGUAGCCAAGCAAGUGACACCGUUUUUGACACUCUAUCAAACCGACAAGCCUAUGCUUCCUUUCCUGGCUACAGACCUGUACAGCAUGCUUGGGGGAUUAAUGAGAAGAUUUAUUAAGACCACUGUUAUCAGUGAAGCCAAAACCCAUUGA